AAUGCCAACUUAAAUAGCAUAGAAAUAAAGAAAUAAAUCAGAAAAGAACAAAGUACAUUCUAUUUUAAAAUGCUAAAAAUCACAUGAAAAUAGAAAUAGGAAAGAUAGAAGUGGUAAUGAUAUCAUUCAUGGUGGAAAUUAUAAAAUAACUUUUCAAGACAGUUUUAUAGUCUUAAAAACAAAUUCAUACACACCAUAGAAUGAAAUUGAUAAUUAUUCAGAAUCUGAAUUGUCUGAUCACUCUGAAUCAGAGCAAUCAUAAAUUUAAGAACAAAUAUAAGCUCUUUAAGUUAAUUAAACUUUAGAAAUUGUACCUAAAGCAGCAUAAACUAAUUGUGACUUAGAAAUAAAAAUUGAGAUCGAUUAGGAAUUUCCAAAAAUAAAUUCACAUUAAUAAUUUAAAAGUGGAACUAAAUCAACCUAAAAAUCUAACUGCUGUAUAACAUUUUGA